GCGACACUUCCUGUGGCUAACAUGCUAAGUUCUUCCGUUACGUCGUUCCCAUAAAAUUCAGUCUGAGUGAGGCAGCAGAGCCUGUUUAUCUGGAUAAAGUUGUUGAAGUGGACUUUGUGUAAACUUUCGGGAUGUUUCAGCCCAGACUCAUCUCCUGUUGAAGUUAAGUUAGCGUAUGUGAAGGAAUUUAGCGUAGCUUGCUAGCAGGAAAUAGACGGAGCUCGGCCUCACGGUGCUAGUCGGAGUAGCUUCGACAGAGACCAAACUGUAUUUUUCACGGAGCCCAAAUGUCCAGAUAGAGCUGUGUGAAUAGACUCUGUGCUGUUCCCUUUAUUUGACGCUGUUUUCCAUCUGAAUGAUCUGCUGCUGUCCGCCGAAGCUCAUGAAGCUAACUUAGCCUGGUAGCAGGAAAUAGACGGAGCCGAGCGUCAUUUAAUCAUCAGAGAGAACAAAGAGUUUUUAACGGAGUGAGUCUGGAGGAAAAGCUGCUGUGAAUCAGUCAAAAUGUCUAAAGUCCAAACGCUGAGAGCUUUUGUGAAGCAGCGACUAACUGCGGCUGCUGAAGAGAUAUUUGAGCAGUUUGAAAGAACGAUAGCAGAGUACGAGGAGGAAGUUUGUCGACAACAGAAACUACUGGACGCUGUUUUCAAGCCUGAAGUCCGGUUACACAGAGCAGACGUCCAGCUGCUGUUGGUGAGGAAAGAAGAGGAUCCUCCUGAGCAGCAGGACUGGAGAUCCAGUCUGGACCAGGAGGACCCAGCAGAGCCGCCUCACAUUAAAGAGGAACAGGAGGAGCUGUGGACCAGUCAGGAGGGAGAGCAGCUGGGAGGUCUGGAGGAGGCUGAUAUCACCAAGUUCACGUCCCCUCCUGUCCCUGUGAAGAGUGAAGAAGAGGAUGAAGAGGAACCUCAGUCCUCACAGCUUCAUCAGAGACAAACUGAACAGAUGAGAACAGAAGCUGAUGGAGAGGACUGUGGAGGACCAGAACCAACCAGGACCUCAGAUCCAGAUGCACAUUUACAACCUGAGACUGAUGACAGGACUGCAGAUUUUUCUAAACUUAAGAAAAAAGUCAGUGAUGAUUGGAAGAAAUGCAGUGAACCUGAGUCAGGUUUAAACUUUCUGAAAAAUAACAGUGAAUGUCGUUCUGCCAGGAAAUCAUUUAGCUGCCUUGUGUGUGGUAAACGAUUCAGCUAUAAGUCAAAUCUUCGGACACACAUUAGAAUUCACACAGGAGAGAAACCAUUUAGUUGCGCAGUUUGCAGUAAAAGAUUUAUACAAAAGGUACACCUAUCACGACACAUGGCUCACCACACAGGAGAGAAGCGGGACCGCUGCAGUGAUCGUGGCAAAAGAUUGACUCAGCAGUCCCAGCUCAAAACCCACCAGUGUGCUGGUCUUCAAUCCUCACAGCUUCAUCAAAGCCAAACUGAAGAGAACAGGGAUGCAGAGCAUGUGAACAGAAAGGCUGAAGGAGAGGACAGUGGAGGACCAGAGCCAGACAAAAAUUCAGAUCCAGAUAGACAUUUACAACCUGACACUCAUGACAAGACGUGUCACUCCUCUGAAUCUGAGACUGAUGACAGUUGUGAUUGGGAGGAGACCAGAGAGCCUCAGUCAGGUUUAAACCCUCUACAGAACAAUGAAGUACCUGUCAGUGAUGUUAAAUGUAAAACUGGAAAAACUUCAGUGAGCUCCUCUGCAUGUACUUCAAGCUCUGACCACAAGGGGCGUCUGCAGAGACACAGUGGAAACCAAACAGGAGAGAAACCAUUGAGUUGCUCAGUUUGUGGGAAAAGAUACCAGCGAAAGAAAUUCUUCAGGAAACACCUGAGACUUCAUUCAGAGGGAAAACGUUUCAGCUGCUCAGUUUGGAAGAAAACUUUGCAACGGAGAGAACAUGUUGUGAGGCACAAGAGAGUCCACACAGGAGAGAAACCCUUCAGUUGUUCUUUCUGUGGAAAAGAAUUUGCAAUAGGCUCAAGUUUGAGGAAACACAUUAGAGUUCAUACUGGAGAAAAACCUUUCAGCUGCUCAGUUUGUGAAGUUAGUUUCAGUCUCAGAAACAAUUUGACCAGACACAUGAGGACCCAUAUUGGGGAGAAACCAUUUAGUUGUUCAGUCUGUGGAAAACGAUUUGCAUUCAGCUCAAAGUUGAGGUCACAUGCAAAAGUUCAUACUGGAGAAAAACCUUUCAGCUGCUCAGUUUGUAAAGUUAGUUUCAGUCGCAGAGACAGUUUGUCCAGACACAUGAGGACCCACACUGGGGAGAAACCAUUUAGUUGUUCUGUGUGUGGUCGAAGAUUUGCACAAAAUCCACAUCUGAAAUAUCACAUGAGAAUCCACAUGAGAAACCAUGAGGUUUCAGAGUUUGUCACAGAGGAUUCACUCGGCUCCAGACUUUAAAAACACACGAGUGUGUUUGAGAGCAGCAGAAACACAUGAGAUGCUGGUUGAAACUGAUAUUUCAUCCUUUCCAAGAAGUUUGCUUUUUGCUUCAUUGAAAGUAUUUUCUGUCAGCUCCACAGCGUUGUGGUCAACAUCUGUUCUCUUGUUAAAUAAUGUGAUCACUCAGAUCUCAUAUGUGUGUCGAGAGAAUUGAAGGUUUUGGAAUCAUUUUUCAUCCCAUGAGUGUGUGUGUUUAUUGCAUUUAUUUUGUUGGAACAAAAACCCAAGAGACUCCCAAGACAUAUCCCCUCACCCCGACUGCCUGUGUGGACCUGUGUGUACCUGUGUGGACCUGUGAAGACCAGGUCGUGGGGUUUAAAGUGGGGCUGCUUUAUCAGAUUUUUAAAAAACAUCAAAAUGUGUUUUCACUUCAUCAGUCACUCUUUCUGUUCUUUCUCUGUAUCACUGCAGUUAUGUUAUAAACCUUUAUCCCAGCAAUGUGUCUGUACAUCUGAAGCUGCGAUGGUGUGCAGCGAUCAUGAAAAGCCCCCCCUCAGGGACACAAACCACAUCCUGCACAUGAUGGAUAUUUGGGUCAUGUUCUUAUACUUUGAUACGUUUGAUUUCACACAUAUAUUCUGCUAAUAGUUAGAUCACAUGCACAUGCUGACAUUAAUGAUAGUUGGAUCCUGAUGUGUUGAUCUUAUUCAUAUUUUCUGCUGAUGGAUUGUGUGACUGAAUAAUCAACAGAAAUUCUUCUCCUGGUUCAGUUUUUCCUUCAUUAUUCAUAGAAGUGAUUUAGACGAGGAGUGAUUCUUUGUGUGCAGAAUAUAUCUGAGGCCAGUGUGACCUAGAACAGGAGGUUUUGAGAGAGAGGCCUGGCAUGGGGGACAUGUUGGGGCCCUCGACUUAAGAUAGAACAGGUUGGUGUCAGGGAUCAGGGUGUCUCUCUAGGUUUGUCCUUGCUAACAGGUUGCUGCGGUGACGUUGGAUUCUCGAAGAUGAGCGAGCAGAGGAGAGAGAGCGCCUGGAGCCAACGAGGAGGAGCCGACGACUGUUUCAGCAUCUCCUCAUGUUCUGUCUAUAAAAUACUGGGUCAGGGAGGGGUCGAGUGUCAGACUUCAUGAACUGACCCCACUCUGUUGUGGAUCAGGGAAAGGUUAAGUCCAGACCCGGAGCUCUGUCACCUUGC